ACUGAUUCCACCUGCCUGCCCACUUCUCCACUUCUUCGUCCACCGGUACCACUCCUCUUCAGCCUCUCUGUUCACAGUACACACGCCACUCCCUCAAACGCUCGAGCUUCUUGUACUUCCAGAUCUGAGCAAUGGCGACCGAGGGGAGGGACAGGGGCUCGCCGUCGUCGGCCAUGGGGCAGGGCGACCAGAGCGCCAAGAAGCAGAGGGUGGAGCAGCUGCCCAACGGCUCGGCGGUGAAGCAGGAAGUCGUCGUGCACGAUGGAGCCGGCGGCGCCGUCGUUGCCGAGGUGAACGGGGCCAGAGUGGAGGUCACCCUCAAGAUGGACAUCUCGGUUCUCCACUGCCCCCUUUGCUUCUCCCCUCUCAAGCCCCCCGUCCACAAGUGUAAGGCCGGGCAUCUGGCCUGCGGCGGCUGCGUCGCCGAUCUGCCGGGGAACCAGUGCCGUCGGUGCGAGCACGGCGGCGCGUUCGACCACGAGCCGGCCAUGGACGCCGUCGUCUCGGCGGCAAGGGUGGAGUGCCCGCACGAGGGCUGCGGCCGCUUCGUCGCCUACUACGAGGCCAGCGACCACAAGAGCGCCUGCCUGCACGCGCCGUGCCUGUGCACGGAGCCCGGCUGCGGCUUCGCGGCCCCGCCGUCCGCCCUCGUCGCGCACCUCUCCGCCGCCCACUCCGUGCCCGUGCACAGGGUCCCCUGCGGCAGGCCCAACAAGAUCCAGGUGCCGGUGCCGUGCCCCCCGCGGCGCCUCAUCGUCGUCACCGGGGACGACGGGCGCCACGGGCCCGUGUUCCUCCUCACGCUCUCCGCGCUCGGCGCCGUCACCGUCGUGUCCGUGGUCUGCGUCCGGGCGGACACGUGCAUGCUGCCGCGGUACACGGUUAAGAUGUGGGCCAAUGGGCCGCCACCGGGGCCGGGGUCGGCGGCGAACCGCAAGACAGACACCGUGCUGGCGGACGUCGAGGCGGUGAGCAGCUCGUCGCCGGGCCUUGUCGCCUUGGAGGACCUGACGUCCUACCUCAUGGUGCCGCCACGCUACCUCGUCGGGCCUGCCGCGUCCAAGGAGCUCCCUCUCCACAUCCGUAUCGAGAAGAACAUCUCCUCCUGAUCAGUCCGUGAUGUUCCAUCCAGAAGAAGAGCUUCUGAUCUGUCGUUAAUAUUCCAGGCAUCCAGCAUAGACUGCAUAGUAAUCGGUUCCGCUUGUCAUUCAUAAGAAAUGAUGGAUUCUGGUUGCAGUGUGCACUAUUUCGUGGCUGUUAAUAGUACUUCAAAAUCAGACGAGGUACUGUGAAAAUUCCAAACCAAAUGGAUUUCUAUUAUGUCA